AUGAAUCAUUCUCGACGUAGAGAAAGUAUGAAGGUUUUUUUCAGACCAGUUGUGGUUGUUACCUGCUCAAUGAUAGUAUUAUGUUUUUAUUUGUUUACCUAUAAGAAUGUUGCAACGCAUUUUGAUUGGAAUGAUGUCCUUUACUUAACUAGCAACUCAAUGCAAAACAUAGAGGCCAAAUUCUUAAAGUCAACAACGUCGAAGUUUGAGUAUGAGCCAAACCAUCAACAACCUAUAGUGCAAGAUGUCGAGCUUGAUUAUCCUUUGAAUAGUAUGGUCAGCUCAUUUUUCCCUAUAGACGCAGUGCUUCGAUUUAAUACUUCUGAUAAUGGUAAUACAACCACUCACGAAAUACUUGGCAGAUAUGCUUCUUUUAGUCCCAUUUUGAACCAUAAGUUGAAAAGUACAUAUGCAAUAUUGCCAUUUAAUGCCUGCGAUUUGGAUGACUUGACAUCGCUUUCUAAGGCCAAGUAUCAUAAUAAAGUAUUGAUUGUUUUGCGAGGAGGUUGUACAUUUGUUGAUAAGGUGUCAAACUUGCUAGAAUCUGAAAUGGAACCAACUAGUAUUUUAAUCGCAAAUGACGAGCCUUACAGAGGGUUGAUAACAAUGUUUUCAAAUACAUUCAAUCAAGAUGGAUCAUUGCAAACACCCAUUAUGUUUAUAACCAAUGAGGAUUAUCGAUACUUGAAAAGUGUCGAGUAUCAAAAUUUGAUUAUAGAAAUUAGCACUGCAUAUAUUGGAAGCUGGCUUAGUAUAAUUUUGUCAAUGGUCUUGUCACCACCACUAUUGAUUAUAUUAUUCUAUGCAGUUAUUAUAUGCGGCCAAAAGAUCAGGAGAAAGCAAGUGAAUAUUCAAAACGCCAAGAUGGUCAAGAGCUUGCCAAUCUAUAUUUAUAACAUAGACCACUUGGUUUUGGCAAAGUAUUUUCAACAUUAUUUGAAAGUCACUGGCCAAAGUAACAUGGUUCCGAAAGAUGGGGAAAAUGCAAUGUUAUUAGAAUCUCCCAAACCUUCACCUAAUGCGUCGUCUUCAUCAAUCAAUAAAAUAAUUGUUGGAGGUAUAGAUUUGAGGUCAUCCAAAGUACAUUUGCAUGCAAUAACAGCCCCUGAUGACUUUUAUCCGUCAUAUAAAUGCUCGAUAUGUUUGGAAAAGUAUAUACCAUUGAAGUCAAAGGUGCUAGUACUUGAUUGCAAACAUUUUUUUCAUGAAUAUUGUUUGUCUAAUUGGCUAAUCAAUUUUAAAAGGAGUUGUCCAUUGUGUAACUAUACUCUUCAGGGUAGACACAAUCACAAUAGUUCUUAUUGGGUAGCUGAAAGAGAUGAUAAUACUAUAGGUUAUGGCAGCAUAGAAGAUUUGGAGGCUGGUCCCUCUAGACGCUCAAAUGCCAUAUCACUAAAUUCUACAGAGGGUUCAGAGAGUGACGAAGGGUCCUAUUUACCAGAGCAUUCUCUGCUGCAAGCAGUCAAUGACGAGGCCUUAGAUCAUCCAAACAAUUAUCAACAAAACAGUGAUAAGACUCAAAACCUACACCCAACUAAUAAUUUCAUGCUCAAUCCCCCAGAAAGUGUUUCCUCAAGUGGUUCCAACUUAACAUUCUAUACAGCCAAUAGUCAGCCAAUUGAAAGCAGUUCGGCUGAAGGCAGCCAGACAAGUCAACCGAAAAGACCUUACCUAAUAUCAAAGCCACUGCAAAUACUAAGUCGGUUAUCUUCCUCAAAGCUUUCAGGGGCUGAAUUGAGUGCUAGUAUUGAUUCAGGUAGCGAUCAUAAUCAACAGGAACAAAAUUCUUUUGAAUCAUCGACUACAAGUAUUAUUGAACUGGAUCAUGGUGAUGAACUGACAAUAAACCUUUCAGAGUCCUACAAUAAUUGA